AUUGAAAACCAAAAUUACAAAUCUUUGAACAACGAUCCUUCAUCAAUCACUUCAAUAAAGAAUCAAUCCAACUCAAAGAUGAAGUUCUUCUCUGCCUUGAACCUAAAGACAUUGUCCUCCGUAUUGGCUGUCGUUGCUGUCUCCUCUGCCGCUGGCGCUGAAGAAGAUGCCAUUGCCUCACCAGAUUCUGCUGUUGUUAAAUUAACUUCAGAAACUUUCUCAAAAUUCUUAACUGAAAACCCAUUAGUCUUAGCUGAAUUCUUUGCUCCAUGGUGUGGUCAUUGUAAAGCUCUUGGACCUCAAUAUUCUCAAGCUGCUGACAUUUUAGAAGCUAAAGAUAUCAAAUUGGCCCAAAUUGAUUGUACAGAAGAACAAGAAUUAUGUCAAGAACAUGGUAUCAGAGGUUAUCCAACUUUGAAAGUCUUUAGAGGUGAAUCUGAACCAAGUGACUAUGAAGGUCCAAGAUCCGCUGAUGGUAUUGUCAACUAUAUGAUUAAACAAUCAUUACCAGCUGUUUCCUUAAUUGAUGAUUCCACUGAUUUAGAUGAUUUUGUCACCGAAGCCACCAAUGCUGUCAUUAUUGAAACUGGUGUCAAACAAAAUGAAACUUUUUACAAAUUAGCUGAUUUACACAGAGAUGAUUUCUCAUUUGUUCAAACAAAAGCUCCAGAAUAUGCUAAAAAAUAUGGUAAAGAUAAAUUAUUAAUCUUUUUACAAGAUUCAAAAGAACCAAUUGUUUACAAAGGUGAUGAAACUUAUGAACAUUUAGUUGACUGGUUAAGUGUUGAAACUAAACCAUUCUUUGGUGAAUUAGAUGGUUCAACUUAUCAAUCAUAUGUCUCUUCAAACUUACCAUUAGCUUAUUUGUUUUACAACACACCAGAAGAAAGAGAACAAUGGUCCAAGACAAUUGUUGAAGCUGCCAAAGAAAACAGAGGUAAACUAAACUUUGUUGGUAUUGAUGCUUCUAAGUAUGGUCGUCAUGCUGAAAAUUUGAAUAUGGAUCAAGAAUUCCCAUUAUUUGUCAUUCAUGAUUUAGCCAACAAUAAGAAAUAUGGUUUCCCACAAGAUCAAGAAUUAACUACAAAAGAAUUACCAAAAUUCUUGAAAAAAUACACCAAGGGUGAAAUUGAACCAAAAGUUAAAUCUGAAGAAAUUCCAGCAAAACAAGAAACUUCAGUUGUGAAAAUUGUUGGUAAAACUCAUGAUAGUAUUGUUAAUGAUGAAACCAAAGAUGUCUUAGUUAAAUAUUAUGCUCCAUGGUGUGGUCAUUGUAAAAGAUUAGCACCAACUUAUGAAGAAUUAGGUGAUUUAUACCAAGCUUCAAAAGAAGGUAAAGAUAAAGUUGUCAUUGCUAACGUUGAUGCUACUUUAAAUGACGUUGAUGUUGAUAUCUCUGGUUAUCCAACUUUGAUCUUAUACCCAGCUGGUGACAAAUCAAACCCAGUUGUUCAUCAAGGUGGAAGAGAUUUAGAAUCUUUAGUUUCAUUCAUCAAAGAACAAGGUACAUUCAAAGUUGAUGCUAACAAAUUAACUAAAGAUGCUGAACCAGUUAAAGAAGAAGCUGCUAAAGAAUCUGAUGUUGGUCAUGAUGAGCUUUAACGGAAGAGAGAAGGGAAAAAAAGUUUUGUACAGGUUAUUAAACUAAAUAAAUAACACAUGUUUUUGAUUUUUUUAAAUAAUGUAGACUCUUCAUAAUUUUCCUCCCGGUGUUUCACUCAAUUUCUUACCAGGUUCCACGCUAAAAUCAGCUUUUUGUCUCAACAUAAUUGCAGGAUGUUUCCCAUUUUCUCUCAAUUCUUUAAAAAUUUGAACAGGUUUUUCAUCAAGAUCUAGUAUUCUUUCUUGAUCACCAUAACAUAUAACCAAGGCAUAAUUUCUCCAAUCAUCAUUCAAUUUAUGUCUCUUCAUAGCUGCUUGUAAAAUCUUCGAGCAAGGAUCAUCAGUAGAUGCUCUCAGCUGCUUCAAAGGUUCUGAUACAGGUUUAGCAGCCUGUGGCUGUAAAGUUGCUGCCGCAGUUGUUGGUGAAUGCACUGAUGUUAA